UUUUCUCGGAGAUUUGUACGAAAAUGGGAGCUCGAGGCGGUCAUGAGCGUUUGAAUUGUAUCAAGAUUGUUGAUUAUCGCCGACCAAACAGAAUAUUCGCUUGACAGUCUGAAGAUGGCGUUUACCUGGACAUGUAUGCCGUCGAUGUUCCUUGUGAGGAGCGGCACGAGUGUGCCGCGUUUCACCACGAUUAUUCUCGCCAAGCCGCAUACGGGAAUUCGAGCGUUUCAUUUACAAAAACAACAGCGACAACAAUGUCAACAUGAACAGGGAGUGUUCAGCAAGAAGAAAAACUUCCUAACCUACACCACAUUCGUCUCAGCGGCGGGUCUCGGUUACGCUUUGUAUAAUUGGAGAGAUGAUAUUCGACACAGAAUCAAAAGUCUGAAUAUUCCCUUCUUUUCCAUGAUACAUGCCGCUUCACCGCCCGAUGACAUUCAUCGGAACAGAGAUAGAUAUAAUUUUAUAGCGGACGUGAUACAGGAAUGUAUAUCAACUGUUGUAUAUAUUGAGAUCUAUGACAAAACAAAUCCACUUAUUAUCAAUAGGGGAUCUGGAUUUAUCAUUAGUCAAGAUGGAUUAAUUUUGACAAAUGCUCAUGUUGUAAUAGAUAAGCCCAAUACAACGGCUAAAAUACAACUUCAUAAUGGUAGUACAUAUAUUGGAACAGUAGAAUGUAUAGAUAUGCAAAGUGAUCUUGCUACCGUACGGAUAAAUGCGACUAAUUUGCCAGUAAUGAAACUUGGUUCUUCAGCCAAUAUCAGACUGGGAGAGUUUGUAGUGGCUAUUGGUUCCCCGUUGGCUCUUAACAAUACUAUAACAAGUGGAAUAGUGAGCAGUAUAAAGAGAGAAGGUAGACAACUUGGUAUACGAGACUCGCACAUGGAGUACAUUCAAACGGAUGCAGCAGUUACUUUUGGAAAUUCGGGUGGACCUCUUGUGAACUUGAAUGGAGAGGCGAUAGGUAUAAAUGCAAUGAAAAUGACGGCUGGCAUUUCAUUUGCCAUACCUAUAGAUUAUGCAAAAGAAUUCUUGAAGGAAUCAUGUAAAAAGGACAAAGACGUAACAAAGACAUCCAAUAGAAAAUAUAUUGGUAUUACAAUGUUAACUCUGAUGCCAGAAACCUUGCAUGAGAUGCAACAAUAUACUGAGUUUAUGAAUGUUCAGCAUGGAGUUAUUGUAUGGAAAGUAAUACGCGGAUCUCCAGCGUAUAAUGCUGGAUUGCAACGUGGAGAUAUAGUGACGCAUGCUAAUGGCGAGCCUGUAUUGAAUUCAGACAAUAUUUAUAAAGUUAUAGAACAAUCAGGGAUUGUAGAUUUGCUUGUUUUAAGAAGAGGGCAUGUUUUACAUAUAAAGGUUAUUCCUGAAGUUGUAUAGUUGGAUUUAAUAAA